CCGCCAUGGCAGCUUCUCUCCAAACCUUCAUCUUCUUCCUCCUCUCACUGUUCUUCUACUCGAUCUCUUCAAUCUCAUCGAUUCACACUCCGCAUAACGAUGCCAUUUCCAUACUCGCAUUCAAAUCCAAAGCCGAUUUAUCAAACACACUUCCUUUCUCACAUAACACAACUCAGUUCUUCUGCAAAUGGAAAGGCGUUCAAUGUUUCAACUCUAGAGUUAUCCGUCUCGUUCUUCAAGGUUUCAAUCUACGAGGAAUCUUCGCUGAAAACACACUGAGUAGACUCAAUCAACUCAGAGUACUCAGCCUACAGGAUAACUCGCUCACCGGUGUCAUUCCCGAUCUUUCUAACCUAAUCAAUCUGAAGUCUCUGUUCCUCGAUCAUAACUCCUUCUCCGGCGCCAUUCCUCCGACUAUUUCAUCGUUUCAUCGUCUUAAAACGUUAGAUCUGUCGUUCAAUAACCUAACAGGUUUGAUUCCGAACUCUUUAAAUGAUCUAAAUCGAUUGUACUACCUCCGUCUAGACUCGAAUAACCUCAACGGUUCCAUUCCUCCAAUCAACAUCGCAACUCUCCAGAUCUUCAAUGUUUCGAGAAAUCAUCUCUCCGGCGCUAUUCCGGUAACGCAAUCUCUGAUUAAAUUCAGUUCAUCUUCGUUUUCCUUCAAUCCAAAUCUCUGCGGAGAGAUUAUUAAGAUAGAAUGCAGUUCUCACCAGCCUUUCUUCGGCGUGGAGAACUCUAACUCGAAUUCGAACUCACCGCCGCCGUCAAUGGCCGCGAUUGUGCUGAAUACCGGAAUCAAUCGGAGUCCUAAGAAUCACAAACGUAUGUUAGUAAUCAUCGGCUUCUCCACUGGCAUAUUCGUCCUAAUCGUCACCGUUCUCUGUUUCGCAUUCACUCUGAAGAAACAUAAACAGAAACUGAAACGGAAACAGAAACAGAGCAAUGGAGGUGGUCAAACGAUGGCGUCGGAUUCUUCUGCAACCGCUCACGCGGCGGUAGUGAUGAGGAUAGAGGAGGAGAAUGAGUUGGAAGAGAAGGUAAAGAAGAUGCAAAUGGGGAGAAGCGGGAGUUUAACAUUCUGUGCCGGCGAAUCGCAACUGUAUUCGCUUGAACAAUUGAUGAAAGCUUCGGCGGAGCUUUUAGGUAAAGGAUCAAUUGGAACGACUUACAAAGCUGUUCUUGAUAAUCGUUUGAUUGUUAGCGUGAAAAGGUUGGAGAGUUCUAGAAUGGCGGGAACGAACAAGGAGCAGUUCGAACGGCAUAUGGAGUCGGUGGGUGGUCUCCGGCAUCCGAAUCUGGUUCCGCUUAGGGCUUAUUUUCAGGCUAAACAAGAAAGGUUACUGGUCUAUGAUUAUCAACCCAAUGGAAGCCUCUUCUCUCUCGUUCACGGUUCAAAAUCUACAAGAGCAAAGCCACUCCAUUGGACAUCAUGUCUAAAAAUAGCAGAAGACAUAGCCCAAGGCCUCUCCUACAUCCAUCAAGCAUGGCGCCUAGUCCACGGAAACCUAAAGUCGGCCAAUGUUCUCCUCGGCAGCGAUUUCGAAGCCUGCCUAACCGACUAUUGCCUCUCAACCCUAACCUCGGUCGAAGACUCAGAUUCCCAGCCCUAUCUAGCACCCGAGGCUCGAAAAUCUAACAGUCGAGAACCAACCGUAAAGUGUGACAUCUAUGCAUACGGUGUUCUAUUGCUCGAGCUUCUAACAGGAAAAGCUCCUAAUGAGCAUCUGAAUGCCAAGCCGAGUGAGCUUGUGAAAUGGGUUAGGUCAAUUAGAGAAGAACAUGAUGGGCCUGAGGAAGAUCUGAGGAUGGUGAUGUUGCUUGAGGUUGCGGUUGCUUGUCGUUCGAGUGCUGCGGAACAAAGGCCGACAAUGUGGCAGGUGUUGAAGAUGAUUCAGGAAGUUAAGGAGUCGGUUUUGAAUGUGGAUGGGAAUCAUGAAUUCAACGAGAACGAAGAAGAAUCUAUGUGAGAUUUUGAUUUUGAGGUUGUUGGUUUUGUUUCAAGAAAAAUGUUUUUUGUUUUGUUUUUGUUGCAACUUUCUAUGUUUUAAGGAUGUUAUUGUAGUGUUAGGAGGAGACAUGAGUGUAUAUAUUCAUUAGUAAUGGAGUUUAUUUAUUUCUGGAUUAGUGGUUAAUUUGUUUUAUUUCUUAAA